AUGCUGGGAAUCAGGACGACUAAUAUGGCAGACGACUUCGGACUAAGUGCGUUCUACAUAGUCGCCCUGACAACAAGACCAAGUUGUGACAACGAGGUCAACCCACUUCUAGUAUCAGUUCGAGUUAACCAACCAAAGAUAGCAAGAUGCCUCCACGAGCACGUUUUAGGCGUGACCAUCACUCGGUAUGCGUUGACUUCGACCGGUACAUGCAAAAUGUACAAAACGAUGCGAAUCCUCCCAACGCGAUGCUCUCUUCCAGCCGACUUCUUGCUUCCUUCGUCACAUUACACCAUUUUGACCGCAGCCACUGGAGCCUAUGAACAGGGCGUUGAAGCUGAAGAUCAACCGUUGCCAGCAUCGACUUACAGCACAGCAGAUAAGGUUAGAACCCCAUUGUUUUAG